GAGGUACUUUGUGGUGCAGUGGUUUACAGAGCAGGGAAGACAGUGUACGAGGUCGAGUGUGGCGGUGCUGUUGGAGGGGGUGUCAAAAUAGUGCAGAACAAUCACCCUCUCACUAUUUGCGAGCUAGUGGUUCAAGGACCCAAGGUAUUGCGAGGUGUUUGGUCACGAACUAUGAAGAUGGAUAUAAAGGAGUGCGCUAAAUUUGAUUUCUGUGGAUUCGGGGGUACGUGCACGGAAACUGAGAGUCUAUUUAUGUGUACCUGUCCGGAGGGAUACACCGUUGGGUCUGAUGGAAAGUGCAAGGAUGAGAAUGAGUGUUCCUUCGGUAUGGUUGGGUAUAACAAAUGUCUGCUUCGAAGCCAACUAGGGUCGUGCAAGAACACUGUAGGGAGCUACAUGUGCGAAUGUUUGGAAGGGUCUUACACAAACGCUAAUCUGGUGGGCAAGGAAUGCAUGGCGUGCAACUGUAAUGAACAUGGACUUCAAAGUUGCGAUGGAACCACCGGGGCCUGCCUGUGUAGGGCCAAUGUCGCUGGAGCGGACUGCGGAGUCUGCAAAACGGGACACACUGGAUACCCCUUCUGUGAGUACUGUGAACCGGGCUACUAUAAGGAUGGAUCAAACUGCGUGAAAUGCAGUUGUGAGGAAACAGGGGUGACAGACAGUAUCUGCAGCUCUCGCUCUGGUCAGUGUACGUGCAAGGAAAACAUGGCAGGAUCCCGAUGUGACCACUGUAAAGCACACUACAUUAAUUUCCCUGCUUGCACCCCAGACGUUAAAGACGGUACUUUGACUCCUUGGGGAGCUUGGAGUAGCUGGAGUGCAGGAGAAUGUGGACAAUCCGAAAAGUCCAAGCUCGGGUCGGGGUACACGCAAACGAGGACCAGAAAGAGAAGGUGUGAUAACGACACUAAAAACAUUCACGGACGAAGCUGUACAGGUGAUAUUACAUUGGAAACUGAGUCAAGAUGGCAUAAUGUUUGCCGGGAUGUGCGUAGGCUAUGGAUUACUAUACCUGACGUAACCGAUGCAGGAACAACAGCUUAUCUGUGGAUGAAAAUCAGACAGGCAGGUGUUACAAGUAAGUAUAUUCAAUGUGAAACUUGGGCAUUGUGGGAUGACCCAGACAAUGACGACCUUGACGACGAUAUAGUAUAUGGGCCCAAUGGUUGCAACAUAGCCUUCGACAUCACUAAGCCACUUGAGAUAUCUCUGCAGUCCGACUCCUCCAAUGAUGUUUACGUUAACAAGAUAGGAGUAACAAUUGGAAAUAUAAGGAAAGGUUACUAUAGCUAUCCCAAAAAAUACGAAGUAUUAGACGAGGACACUAACAAUAUCUACUUUACGACGUCCAAUGACAAGGACACUGAUAUAACAAAAGAAAAAUGUUACGGUUGUUAAGGCACGUGAUCUAAUCAUGUAUGACACGUGAAGAACGCAUUCAAAAACGGAAUGGACAAGGGCUUAAGGCAAAAAAACUUUACACUAGCUAUGGAUUAAGUUUGAAAUGUUAAAUAUUUUUAGAUAGCAUGUAUGGUUAUUAGUUGUAUUUCUGUCGUUGAUUUUUGUUACCGGAAAUCGAAAAUUGUAUUAUCACGAUAGUCUCAGAUUUGAGUUAAGAGAAUAUCUUAUUGUCACAUUAUU